GGUAGAAUAGGUUUUAUGUUCUCGCGACAUUACCUGCUGCGGAACUCCCUGUCACCUGAGAAGAACUGAGACCGGGGAAAAUAAAUUAGGAAGAGACUAUGUCUGUGAAUGAUGAUGGGUAUGUGGUGAGAAUUCGUGGCUUGCCUUGGUCCUGCACCCAGGAAGAGGUGGCAGGGUUCUUCUCUGAUUGUAACAUUGUCGGGAAAGUGAAUGGAGUGUGCUUCACGUUUUCCAAAGAAGGAAGGCCCAGUGGAGAAGCUUUCGUGGAGCUGAAAUCAGCAGAGGAUUUUAAAAAAGCCAUAGCAAAGGAUAGGAAACACAUGGGUCAUCGCUAUAUUGAAGUUUUCAAGUCAAACCGUAGCGAGAUGGACUGGGUGUUGAAACGCAGCGGCCCUACUGACUACGACAGCUGCAGCGGGUGUAUGAUACGUCUCCGGGGACUUCCUUUUGGAUGCAGUAAGGAGGAGAUAGUGCAGUUCUUUGCAGGGUUGAAAAUCGUGCCAAAUGGGAUAACAUUGCCGAUGGACUACCAGGGGAGGAGCACAGGGGAAGCCUUCGUGCAGUUUGCCUCAAAGGAGAUAGCAGAAAAGGCACUGGGGAAACACAAGGAAAGAAUAGGGCACAGGUACAUAGAAAUCUUUAAGAGCAGCCGGAAUGAGAUCCGAGCUUACUAUGAGCUCCCCAGAAGGAUGAUGGGGCAGAGACCCAGUCCCUACGACAGGCCCAUAAUGGAGCGAGGUGGGUUCUUCCCUGGUCCAGGACGGGGGGGUGCUCUUUUGGACCAAAUGCGUGGAGGAGGCUACAGUGGGGGCUAUGGCGGGUUUGACAACUACAAUGGCUUCAGUAAUUACUGUUUUGGCAAUGGCAUGUUUGAUGACCGAAUAAGGGGCGAUAGAGGAAGAGCUGUAGGUGGCCAUGGCUACGGUGGUGCAGGUGAUCAUAGCUCCCACAGCGGCUCCCACAGCGGCUUCCAUAGCGGCCAUUUUGUACACAUGAGGGGCCUGCCUUUCCGUGCCACUGAGGGAGACAUAGCCAAUUUCUUCUCCCCAUUGACUCCUGUGCGAGUUCAUAUCGACUUUGGACCAAAUGGGAAAUCCACAGGCGAGGCCGAUGUUGAGUUUAGGUCUCAUGAAGAUGCUGUUUCAGCUAUGUCGAAGGACAAGAAUCACAUGCAACAUCGAUACAUUGAGCUCUUCUUAAACUCAACUGCUAGUGGAGCAUCUGAAAUGGGCCGCGGCGGCGGUUUCUAUGGUAACUCAGGAGGCAUGGGCUUGAGACGGAGUGGACUGAGGGGGAUGUUCUAAACAGGAGUAAUCACCAUUCUAAACCAAACGUUCAAGUUUUGAAGAUUUGUUUUGUAUUUGAAUGUUUUCACAUGUUCAGAAAAAGUACCUACUUAAAAUAUUUUCCAGUCUCAAAGAGUGGAAUAAAAAGUAUAUAUUUGAGCAGUUGCAUAGGCUAACCAACUAUUGUACAUUUUACUUAAUACAUUUUAUAUUUAA